GCAAGGCGCAAGGAGCAGUAAACCUAUGUCGCUUUACUCAAACAACUCACACUCUAUAUUCUGACAUCCGAAAGAACCGCGGCGGCCAGGCGGGAAGGGCAUUUCAUUUGUAAACGGCUUGGGAAGCGAAAAUCGCCAGUUAGAUUUUUCUUACGGACGGUAAAUAGAGGACGAAGAAACUACAAGGCAGACUCAGCAGCAAGUAAUCGCGGCUAGAAGGGAGUGGCUGUUGCCAUCAGUGGCGUGCGUGAGGAGGCACCAUGAGCGGCAACCUGAAAGGCCACGACGGAGAGGGGCGGGAAUUCCAUUCCCCGGAUGAGCUCUGGGCUGUAGAGGCGGACUCCGACGGCAAGCACAACACAUGGUACCAGAAGGCGGUGUCGUACUGGGACCAGCAGGAGGCGUCGUACAACGGGGUGCUGGGCGGCUUUGGCUACACCUCAGAUCUGGAUGUGCGGGACAGCCGGGCGUUGCUGCUCAAGUCCAUGCGGGUGCAGCUGGAGGCGGCUGACAAGGGGCAACGACAACUAACCGCCCUAGACUGCGGUGCGGGAGUGGGCCGGGUCACGGAGCAGCUGCUGCGGCACCACUUCCACGCGGUGGACCUGCUGGAGCCCUCACGACACCUGCUGGAUACGGCGGGCAAGAACCUCUCAGCACGCACGGUACCGCAGCCGCGUGGGACGGUUGGGAACCUGUACUGUGCCGGACUGCAGGAGCACAACUUCGAACCCGGGAGGUACGACGCCAUUUGGAUUCAGUGGUGCUUGCUCUACCUAACAGACGUCGACUUCAUCACGUUGUUCCACCGCGCGGCUGCUGGCCUCAAGCCUGACGGCCUCAUCUUUGUCAAGGAGAACAUCUGCAAGGAGGGGUUCGUGGUGGACAAGGACGACUCCUCCCUCACGCGUUCCAACACCUACAUGCUGGACCUGUUCGAGCGGGCAGGAGUGCAGGUGCUCUACAACGUCAAGCAGCGCAACUGGCCAAAGGAGCUGUUCGAGGUCCGCAUGUACGUGAUUAAGCCGCGAGUGCAGGAAGGCAGUGGGAUGCAGACGUGACAAGCGCCCAGGCAAUCGCUGCCGCACCGGUGUAUGCGAGGAGAAAGUUGUUUUGCCCUACAGCAAUGAGCU